UUUUAUUUCUGGCCUCCGAACCACAACUUUGAACUGCUGCGAGGCUGCUAUAGGUGCUUGCGGAGCACAGGCACCUGGUAGUCCUCCCCUACAGUGAUAGGCUUUCCUAGCGGACAAUCCACGCUGUGUACCUCAGUAACUGCGCCUUCCCAUUCAAUCACCACAUUAAACAUCCGCGACCGAAGUCCUUACAUUCGUUUUACUACUUCAUUUCUUCUGGUACCUGGGUAUCUCUGCCGCUGGAUUGAAUUGUUUAUUUUCUUCUUCCACAAUAUAUACCACCGAAACCAUGAUUUUGCGGAGCGUUUACUUUUUGAUCGCCGGACUCCUUUCCCUCGCCGUGGCCGAUGUUAAAGUCACGGCGCCGGCCGCUGGGGAUUCAAUCACUGGACUUACACUGGACAUUGAAUGGGAGGACUCUGGGACGACGCCCAAACUCGCGGACCUAACAUCAUACCAAGUGUUCUUGUGUGCAGGGGGCAACACGGAGGCGACCAUUGUGCAACUGGCAACGCUAGUGACGAAUGGCGACUUUACCGACGGCAAUACAGUCAGUGCGACGUUGACCGCCGGCCUGGGUGCGGACGUGACCAAUGCCUAUUUCCUGAAGUUUGUCUCCGCCGCCACAGGAGGCACUGUCAUCAACUACUCGGACCGGUUCAGUCUGAAGAGUAUGACGGGCACAUUCCCGGCAGCCGUCACGACAGCUUUAAAGUCGGUUACUGGUACGGCGGGCCCUGCAGAUGUCAACAACAUCAAGGCUGCUGCAGCGGCUGAUGAUGAUGAUGAUGUCGACACUGUGCCGACCAACGGAGCCUCGGAGUACAAUGUGCCAUACACACUACAGACGGGAAGCAUUCGCUAUGCGCCGAUGCCACCUUUGGCUAAGACCAAGAUCACGGCCAAGAAGGCCUCUGCCCAGUGGCCGACCAGUGCAUACACCGUGUAUAAAACCAUUGCUGGCGCGCCAAAUGCUGCUACCACGCACACCGAGACUCUGACAUUCUCUACCCACAGCAGAGAGGCCACGGUCGCUGCAGCUGGCCAACCGAGUGAUGCCGCCAUGCAGAAAUUCUUGAAUCGGUGGAAGGAUUAAGGUUAUGAUUUUGGCCUGUACACAACUAGACGAACAUAUCAUGGAGAACGGUGUUUGGGCAGAAAGGAGAGCAUAGCAGAAGCAUGGCUAAAUAGGUUGGGAUUGGAAUGGAGUUUUUGAUUCGUUCGGUUUUGAAAAGGUAUAUAAAUCAUACCGUCGUCCACAUA